AUGACUCGGGUGACCCCAAUCUUGCAGAAGGGUAGCAAAGCACUUGAAGAUUUGGGCUUACUCAAAAUCCUGCAGUCCGAAAUCAAACACGAACUCUCCAAUACUCCCUUCCAGGACAAUCAGAGUGAUAGUUUGGGAGAUUUUAAGGUGGAUUGGGAAUCACUGGAGUCGCAAGAUGUUGUUUUGCGGAGAAAAUGUGAAUCGGGUGAAGAGGUUGCUGUUUCAGCUUUGUUGGGACAGGAGAUGUAUGCAGAAGGAGGAAUAUUUCCGAGGGAAGUUUUGAUGAAGGUGUGCGUGAAAAAGCCCAGCUUGAGCUCCGUGUUACAGUUUGAUUGUGGGGUUUGUGAGAAAGGUAUAGGUGGAUCGCAAUUUCACAUUUAUAGUGCCAAUUAUCUCCAUUCAAUGACAACCAUUCCCAAGCCUUCAGCUUACAGAGGCCCCUCAUUCAGCGAUUUGGACUCCGAUUUACAAGGUGCACUCAAGGAAUACUUGAUAGCCAAGGGUAUUGGUGAAAACCUGACUAAUUUCCUCCUCUUACACCUACACCAGAGGGAGGUCGGUCAAUAUGUAAAUUGGUUGCGAAAGCUUGAAUCUCUGGUGCUGGCAAAAGGCGAGUGA